AAGCCAGCGCCAACGUUCCUAGGGCACAGAUUUUGCUCAGGCGAAAGAAGGCGAAGAUGCUGAUUGCCGUCGUGGCCAUGUUCGCUGUCUGCUACCUUCCGGUGUACAUGUUCUUCUUGUUCAGGUACACGGACAUCCUUGACCUCUUCCCCAAUGAAACCAUCAAGCCGUUCGUGUUAUGCUCCCACUGGUUGUGUUACUUCAAUUCUGCCAUCAACCCGACCAUUUAUAACUUCAUGAGCUGCAACUUUAGGCGAGAGUUUAGAAUUGCCUGUCAUAUUUGCUGCAGAAGAGGAUCCACUCACAGCACAAUAUAUGAAG